AUGGGCGGUGGCGUGACGCGUCGCGAGGUGGCUCGCCACGAGGCGGCGGCGCUCGCGGAGCUCGAGCCGGAGCGCGCCGAAGCGGCGUACCUGCGCGCCGGCGCCGCAGACGACGCGGUGCGCAUGUGGCUCGAGCGCGGACACCACCAGCGCGCGCUGCGAAUAGCCGAGCAGCACGCGGAGCACAUGGUUGAAGAAGUGCUGGUGGAGGGUGCUCGGGCGGCAGCUGAGCGUGAUGACCUUGUACAGUUUGAGGCGCUGAUGAUUCGAGCUAAUCGGCCCGGCGAGGUCGUGCAACACUAUAGAGAACUGGAAAUGUGGGAAGAUGCAGCACGAGUUGCAAGAGAGUAUUUGCCUGACAGUGCGGAACCAGUACCUUCGACAGUUCCUCCCUUAUUGCAACGAGCCGCCGAUCAUGCUGACAGAGGUGAGUGGUGGGAGGCAGUGCAGUUGCUGCUGGGUGCCAGUGCGGCCGGAGCUUCGGGCGGCGCCGCACGCUUAGCAGAGCGCGCUGCUCUCCGCGCUGCGAGAUUAGCACGUGACCAUCUGACUGGGCAACGUCGCCGCGCCGCCGCCGACUUGUUGGCUGACAGAUUUAACGCUAUCGGCCAGAGUGAUGUUGGAGAGCAAUUGCGAGCAGCACUCGCCGAAGGGGACGACGAAAUAGCCUCAGGCACUCCUGAAGAGGAUGAAGCGAGCCCGAGCAAGCUGCGCGAGAUGCAAGCGGAAGCGGUGGCGGAAGCGAGCGCUGAGGCGGAGGCAGAGGGCGCGGCGCUGGAGCGGUUGGCGCGCGCAGGCCACUGGCAACGAUGCCUCGCACACGCUGGCCGCUUCGCCCCGCACUACGCGUUGCGUCACGCCGCCCACCUCUUCAAGACGCAUUCGCGUAUGGAAGGCGUCGACGUGGAUAGUGAUGACGUCCCGGAAGCUCUGUCCCAAGCGUUGGAUACAUUGCGCCAGCAUAUUGUGGGAGAUGCAGAGAACGCAAUACAGAACAGCGAUGAAGCGCUGGCGAGGGCUGUGUGCAGCGAGCUCCUGGUUCGCGUGUCAACAGCUCCUCUAGCCCUUCAAGCGCUGAAAGAUGCCGCUGCUAUUAUGCUAGCUGCGGGGGCGGACGACCGAUCGUUGCAGGCAAUUACUUUGUUGCUUGGGCUCCACGUACCACAACUUGCUCCCAAAGUGGCGCGCGCGCUUCCACGGUACACUGAUAUUAUUGUGGCUGACGUUGCGUUCCUACGGUGCGGGGUGGCGGUGCGCGGGGAGGGUGCGGGCGGCGCUCGCGAGGCGUUCGUUCUGCUCAACCACUGCCUCGACCUCGCAGAGGCGGCCGACGACGACUCGGCCCACCUGCUCGACUACACGGACUUUGAAUGCACGGACUGGCCUCGCAGUCCCCUGUUGCUGGAAAGUUCGUGCGUGCGCGGAGAGUCUCUGGAAGAGCUUCGCGAAUGGGUGCUCUCUGUUUCUAUGGACCAAGCAGUUGACCAGACCCUGCCGGUAGAUGGGCGUGGCAUGUACGCGGCGAGUGUCUCAGCAGACGAGCCCUGCUGCGUGAUCACUGGACACCCGCUAGGCUCCCGUCUUAUUACAUUUCCCAAUGGUCGCUGCGCCAACCGCGAGUGGUGGUCGCGCGUCGGCCAGGCGGCCCGCGCGGGCGGAGCGGCCGCCGCUUUGGUGCAUCACGUGGCCGCUUGGUGCGGCGCCCCGGACGCGGCGCACAUG